AUAUUCAACAUUCCGGACAAGCAUAUUAUUAGAAAAAAACUGCACAUAAGAAUUCACUUUAUAAUUAUAAGAGUUUAAAUGAUCGAUAUUUCACGGCAAACUAACCCAAGGGACUGAACGAGUGCUGGCAUUAGCGGAUGAGCGGCAAUUCCGAUGGAAAUAAGGAAUUUCAUGAGCAGCUCCGGAUGCAGGAGCUGUACGGGCAGAAGCCUGUGGAUGGGGAUGACCCCUACACGUUUGUGGACCCGGAGGAUGGCACUGUGUAUGACUGGGAUCAUGAUAAGAAGGCGUGGUUUCCAAAAAUAACAGAAGACUUCAUGGCAGCUUAUCAGGCUAACUACGGAUUUUCUGAGGAAGGAACUCAGACGUCAUCUGCGGGGGAAGCGCCGGGCCAGGCCCCUAAAACGGCUUCAGGGGAAACUCCUGGCCAUGUCCCAAAAGCCACUAAAGGGGAGACACCCGUGCAGGUCUCGAAAGUGGCUGCAGGGCAGACGCCUGCAGAGGGAGUGAGAGAGUCUGCUCAAAGCUCAGAUGCUGCACAGUCCAAGGAGACCAAGCCGAAGGGAGAGAAACGGAAGGCAGACCCAGGCUGGUUUGACUUGGAUGACAAUAAGAACACGAAUGUAUAUGUGUCUGGCCUGCCGCCGGACAUCACCCCCGAGGAGUUUGCGGAGAUCAUGUCAAAGUGUGGCAUCGUGAUGCGAGACCCCAUUACCGAACAGUACAAAGUCAAACUGUACAAGGACAACGAGGGCAACCUGAAAGGCGAUGGAUUGUGCUGCUACCUCAAGAGGGAGUCUGUGGGACUCGCCCUGCGGCUCCUGGACGAGUCCGAGGUGAGAGGCUACCAGCUCCACGUGGAGGUGGCGCACUUUGAGCUCAAGGGCCAGUACGACGCCAGCAAGAAGAAGAAGAGGGCCAAGGACUAUCGCAAGAAGCUACAGCAGCAGCAGAAGCAGCUGGACUGGAGGCCGGAGAAGGCCGGAGAGGUUCGGAAACGGCACGAGCGCGUGCUGAUCAUCAGGAACAUGUUCCACCCCAGCGAGUUCGAGGAGGACCCUCUGGUCCUGAAUGAAAUCCGGGACGACCUGCGGACAGAGUGCGAGAAGUUCGGCCAGGUGAAGAAGGUCAUCAUCUUCGACAGGCAUCCAGAUGGGGUUGCGUCUGUCGCCUUUAAAGAGCCAGAAGAUGCUGAUGUGUGUCAGAUGGCCCUGGAAGGCCGCUGGUUUGGGGGGAAGAAACUGUCAGCCCAGCUGUGGGACGGCACUACUGACUACCAGGUACGGCUGGGGUGGGGGGGGGCAUUUAGGAAGCUAGUCUCUUUAUCCCAUUAGUUUCUCAAACCAGAGCUUCUCUUUUGGUUUUAGUUGGCAAAUGCAAUGAUGUUUUAUGUGUGUGUUCAGGUAGAGGAGACGACCUGUGAGCUAAAGGAACGAAUUCAGUGAUGUUCUAUGUGUGUGUAUGUGUGUGUGUUCAGGUAGAGGAGACGACCUGUGAGCGAGAGGAGAGAAUUCAGUGAUGUUUUAUAUGUGUGUGUUCAGGUACAGGAGACGACCUGUGAGCGAGAGGAGAGAAUUCAGUGAUGUUCUGUGUGUGUGUUCAGGUACAGGAGAUGACCUGUGAGCGAGAGGAGAGAAUUCAGUGAUGUUCUGUGUGUGUAUGUUCAGGUACAGGAGACGACCUGUGAGCGAGAGGAGCGAAUUCAGUGAUGUUCUGUGUGUGUGUUCAGGUACAGGAGAUGACCUGUGAGCGAGAGGAGAGAAUUCAGUGAUGUUCUGUGUGUGUGUUCAGGUAGAGGAGACGACCUGUGAGCGAGAGGAGAGAAUUCAGUGAUGUUUUAUAUGUGUGUGUUCAGGUACAGGAGACGACCCACAAGUGAGAGGAGCGAAUUCAGUGAUGUUCUGUGUGUGUGUGUGUUCAGGUACAGGAGACGACCUGUGAGCGAGAGGAACAAAUUCAGUGAUGUUCUAUGUGUGUGUGUUCAGGUAGAGGAGACGACCUGUGAGCGAAAGGAACAAAUUCAGUGAUGUUCUAUGUGUGUGUGUGUGUGUUCAGGUACAGGAGAUGACCUGUGAGCGAGAGGAGCGAAUUCAGUGAUGUUCUGUGUGUGUGUGUGUGUGUGUGUGUGUGUGUGUGUGUGUGUGUUCAGGUACAGGAGACGGCCUGUGAGCGAGAGGAGCGAAUUCAAUGAUGUUCUGUGUGUGUGUGUUCAGGUACAGGAGACGACCUGUGAGCGAGAAGAACAAAUUCAAUGAUGUUCUGUGUGUGUGUGUUCAGGUACAGGAGACGACCUGUGAGCGAGAAGAACAAAUUCAGUGAUGUUCUAUGUGUGUGUGUUCAGGUACAGGAGACGACCUGUGAGUGAGAGGAGCGAAUUCAGUGAUGUUCUGUGUGUGUGUUCAGGUAGAGGAGACGACCUGUGAGCGAGAGGAGCGAAUUCAGUGAUGUUCUGUGUGUGUGUUCAGGUACAGGAGACAACCUGUGAGCGAGAGGAGAGAAUUCAGUGAUGUUCUGUGUGUGUGUUUUCAGGUAGAGGAGACGACCUGUGAGCGAGAGGAGAGAAUUCAGUGAUGUUUUAUAUGUGUGUGUUCAGGUACAGGAGACGACCUGUGAGCGAGAGGAGAGAAUUCAGUGAUGUUCUGUGUGUGUGUGUUCAGGUAGAAGAGACGACCUGUGAGCGAGAGGAGAGAAUUCAGUGAUGUUUUAUAUGUGUGUGUUCAGGUACAGGAGACGACCUGUGAGCGAGAGGAGAGAAUUCAGUGAUGUUCUGUGUGUGUGUGUUCAGGUAGAGGAGACGACCUGUGAGCGAGAGGAGAGAAUUCAGUGAUGUUCUGUGUGUGUGUGUUCAGGUAGAGGAGACGACCUGUGAGCGAGAGUAGAGAAUUCAGUGAUGUUUUAUAUGUGUGUGUUCAGGUACAGGAGACGACCCACAAGUGAGAGGAGCGAAUUCAGUGAUGUUCUGUGUAUGUGUGUUCCGGUACAGGAGAUGACCUGUGAGCGAGAGGAAUAAAUUCAGUGCUGUUCUAUGUGUGUGUGUUCAGGUAGAGGAGACGACCUGUGAGCGAAAGGAACAAAUUCAGUGAUGUUCUAUGUGUGUGUGUGUGUGUGUUCAGGUACAGGAGAUGACCUGUGAGCGAGAGGAGCGAAUUCAGUGAUGUUCUGUGUGUGUGUGUGUGUGUUCAGGUACAGGAGACGACCUGUGAGCGAGAGGAGCGAAUUCAGUGAUGUUCUGUGUGUGUGUGUGUGUGUUCAGGUACAGGAGACGACCUGUGAGCGAGAAGAACAAAUUCAGUGAUGUUCUGUGUGUGUGUGUGUGUUCAGGUAGAGGAGACGACCUGUGAGCGAAAGGAACAAAUUCAGUGAUGUUCUAUGUGUGUGUGUGUGUUCAGGUACAGGAGACGACCCGCAAGCGAGAGGAGCGAAUUCAGUGAUGUUUUAUGUGUGUGUGUUCAGGUAGAGGAGACGACCCGCAAGCGAGAGGAGCGAAUUCAGUGAUGUUUUAUGUGUGUGUGUUCAGAUAGAGGAGACGACCCGCGAGCGAGAGGAGCGACUGAAAGGCUGGAACACCUUCCUGGAGGGAAAAGGAAAAGGAAAAGAAGAGAAUGGAGGGAAUGAGGUGAAAGACGGAAGCAACGGAGACAGAACCGGGGAGCAUACGACAGGGGAGCAUUCAGCGGCCAGUAAAGCCGGGCCGGCGGAGGAGCCUGAGGCAGGGCGGGGACCCGAAGAGGCCCCAGAGAGCAACGCGUGUGCGGCGGGGCCCACCGAGGUGCAUUCCACCGACAGCAGCAUCGCCGGCAGCGAUGAGGACGACACGUAGGCGGGUGGGUGGGCCGGCAGGCGGCCGACCCUGUGAGGGAGCGUCCUGCGGCCCCAGCCCCCAGCUUGGCGCCCUACUGUGCUUACAUUUCACACCCCUAGGACUGUUCUAGAGGAUUCCGCCAGCACUAAAGGGGCCUCCUGGAAAAAUAAGCAGUAAAUCACAGACACAGACCGCCCUGCCUCCGCUCCUGAAAUUCUGGUUUAACCCCAGCUGUCAAAUUCCUUCCUCCUUUAUGGAAGACAUUGGUGUAAUUUGAGGUUUGUUCCUGUGCAUUUGGCUAUCAGGGGCUCGUCGAUGCUUAAAUGCAGUUCAUGAAAUGUAUGAUUUUUUUUUUUCUUAAUGUUGAGAUUCUGAAACACAGGUGGCCACCCAAUAAAAAGAAUUGCCUUUAGAGAUCAGCAUAUAAUCAGAUGUAACUCAAGCACAUAUUUCUGUCUGCUGUAUUGUGACCGUUUGAUUAUUUAAUUGCUAUCUAUGGCUUGUGCUGCGUUUCUCUCGGCCCAUUUUAAAGCUCAUGAUACUGUUAAUAAACACCGUUCUUCCAAA